AUGAGUACGAGUGCUGAGAGCGACAAGGAAGAGAAAGACAAAAUGUUGGUGGAAGCUGCACGAUGUGGCGAGCUGAAUCAGGUGAAGGAGCUCUUGGCGGACGAUGGUGACCACCCUUGCCUCUCCAAUGCCUUGGUGAGUGGUCAAGAGACUUUCCCAGACAGAACACUUGCUGCCGACGGCAGAAGCCGGGGCUUCAUCCCCAGAGCAAGGGCUGCCAUUGGCAAAAGCUCAUGGACCAGGCCCCUCAUUGCAGCUGCUGUCUCAGGGCACAGCCAUGUUGCGUGGGAGCUCUUACGGUCGAGAGCUGAUGUGAAUGCCAGAGAUUCCGAUGGACUCACAGCACUCUCGGCAGCUUUCUGCUCACCGGAUUGCGACAUCCACAUGUGGUUUCUUCUGCAUCACGCAGCGGAUCAGAAGCGAAAGGAGCCUUGUCAAAGUUCGGAUCCUGGAUCAGAAAUCCGAAAGGAUGAUGAGCGGACCUGCCACAUGCUCCCGAACACUCAAGCAGACAUCUGGGAAGAUCAGCAGUGCACGAAGCCUGAUCAAAGUCCGGAGACUCAUGCAGACCUCCCGGAGGAAGAGAAGCGGACCUUGCAUAUGCUUUCGAACGCUCAUGCAGACUUCCGGGAGGAGGAGUUCUUGCGCACGUUUCUGGGCGGAAACAUGAAUGCAAGAGUCAUGGCCGACAUUCGGGCAGAUGAGAGGCGGACCUUACGCAUGCUCGUGACGCUGCUGCGUGGAGAGGGGCAGAUCUUCACGGAGAUGGUUGGUGGCUUGUUGAAAGAGGUUGAACCCGGAUGCUACCGCUCUGAGAGAUUGAGGGAGCGGAUGCGCACAGUCCUUUGCGACUAUGCAUGGGACAGGCAGGAGGUGCAGAGCUUUCUUCUUCGUGGGAGGCCCGCUUUUCGAAAGUCUAUCUUCAAAGACGAUCGUGCCAAGAAGCCCGAAGAUGUCGAUGGAUUCAAUCUGAGCUGGCACAACAUGCCCUAUGCCCCGGAAGUACAAGUGUCGUUGCGAAGCCUGCCAAUCGCAGCACCUCUGGCUUGCAAGCCAUCAGUUCUUGCAGCGCUUGCAGAGACCGCUAACGAGGAGACUCUACAAACAGACGCUGUGGAAGCCAUCACCGCAGCCGCAUGGCUCCAGCUGCGAGUGGCUACCGGGGUGGACAAUUUUCUGAACUGCGUGGCUUUGGGAUGUUUGUGCUUGGUAACUUGGGCGUGUCGCAAAGGAGACCUGGAUGCCCAGCCUGCACUAUGGGUUCUGGCAAUGAUUCAGUUCAAGGAGGGUGUGGAGUUGAUCUCGCAGCUUGGUUUCUUUUGCUGGAGCUGUCUCCCCUGCACGCGCAAGAACGCCCAAAGCAACGGGCAUGUGGAUCGCGUGAAUGGAGAGGACAUGAAGCUCCUGGGUGAUGAAGACAUCUCCUUUGUUCAGCCAGCGCCCAGCUUGGAAACUCUGGUUGAUCUCUUCUUCUUGGUCGCCGGGUCCUUCGCUAUAUAUCGCCAGAUGGAUAUCUGCAGCGUUGGAGAGUUGGAGCCGAUCUUCUUGCCAGGUUUUUGCUCGAUGUACUGGCUCCGACUCAUGUACAGCCUUCGUGGAGAGCGGUGGCUGGGCCCCUACCUUCUACCCAUUCUAUCAGCCGUUCGAGACACCGGGGCAUUCUUCUUCGUCACCUCCCUCUGUGUCGCAAGUGCAACCCAUGCCUAUGUGAUCAUGAAUCCCCGAGGCGAGGAUGAAUACCCCAUCUACUCUUCGUUCCUCCACACGGUUCGAUUGGCCAUCUUCGGUGAUUUUGACCUCUUUGAAUACCAGGGCCAAGACACGACGUUUCAGCUUGUGGAUGGCGAGUGGGCGCCGAAGGACCCCAGCCCGAAAGCUGUGGGAGAGGAUCCAGUCAGUCCCUACAGGCCUUACAUCUACCUUCAGCUCUGCUUCUUUGGCACCGGGAUUGGCAUUACGGUGCUGCUCAUGAACCUGCUGAUUGCUAUCCUGAGCCAGAACUACGAGAUGCAGCAAGAUCGGGCGCAAGGGCUCUUCGUCCAGGCCCGCGCGCGUAUGCUGCUGGAGGUGCAGCGUAGGCCUUGGAUGAUGGUGGCCAGAUGGCUCGGUCGGAAGCUCUUGGCCCCGGAUGACAACCAGCCUCCGCCCCCUUACUUGCACCUUGCGAAGCUGGCAAGGAUUGCGCUGAGCCCUCUCAAAAUAGUUAUGGAGCCUUUUGUCCCGGGGGCGUAUUACCAGAAAAAUGUCUUUGAUCGGUUCAUUCAGCGUGCUCUCUGGAGCCCUGUCGCGAAGUACAAGUUCUUGGCCCUUGGCAUGCCAGUAGCGAGUGUGGUGCUGCUGGCCGGGUCUGUGAUGGGCCUGCUGGCUUUCACGGUGAUCGUCUUGGUGCUGACAGCCGUGGGCUUUCGACUCACAGGCAUUCGCCACACGCUCAACCUCAGCCUGUUCGGCCUCUUCGGUGAUCGCUUUGCGGACGAGUGUGAGAUUUUUGCGCUGGUCCGCACGGACCCUGCGCUGCAAUGA